AAAAGCCCUAGAACGAAGGUAGAAUACUAGAAUCACACGAAAAGAGUCCCAUCCUCUGAAAUGAACCUCGAUUAACCUACCUUGAAGAAUCGAAGAAUGGCGAGCGACGUGGAGCGAGUGGAAGAAGCAGAUGAGGAAGAAGAAGAAGAAUCGGCGACCGAGCUGCUUAGGGACCGAUUCCGACUCUGCACCAUCUCCAUAGCCGAGGCCGAAGCUAAGCAAAAUGGCAUGGAGGUUUCUCAGCCAAUCAUGGCGUGCAUCUCUGAUUUAGCUUUCAAAUAUGCCCAACAGUUGGCGAAAGAUCUUGAACUAUUUGCACAACACGCCGGUCGCAAGUCUGUCAACAUGGAAGAUGUCAUACUUUCUGGUAAGAUCCCUUUCAUGAUAGUUGUGUGGGUUGGGGAGUCUAUUGCUCUAAAAUACAAAACAAUCCUCAAGGGUUCGUCUGCAACACAUCGUAAUAAUCACCUGUCAGGCUUGCUGAGGUCGUUCAGCAACAAUAUAAAAGCCAAAGAACCUCAGUCAGAGAGGAAGAGAAAGAAGACCGCCAAAAGGGAAGACAAAGCUGUUACAGAUGUGCUUCAUAUUGCUGAUUGAAAUGACCAUUUCUUUCUCUUUUUUAUUUGUUUUUCUUGAGCAUUUAGAGGUAGCAAAUGGGGGAACAGAAAGUGGAGGAAAAAAAAAAGAGAGAGAGAGAGAGAAUGAAACACGUGCUAAUAUACUAACAAAACCAAUUAGGGAUUGGUAGUUUCUUAUAAUUUGUCGCUCACAUCGUAACUCAUUUUGUGAGAAGUAUUGUGUCGUAACUUGUCUUAGCCACUUACUAGUUUACAGUUUUUGGUUUCUAGACAUGGGAUUGUAGUUCUGAAAGGAUCAGAAAGCAGAGGAAACAUACUUUUAUUCCAAAUAUAUGAGAACAUGGCAAUCCUCAUUUCUCGAGUCCCUUACUUUCGGCCUUUUAGAAAAAAUUAUGUAAAUUACAUGUAAAUAGGCUUAUGUCUACCAUAAGAUCCUCAAUAAUGGCUGUGCUUUUGUGGUUCCUGGCAUACUCUGCUAUUGAAAUCUCCAUCCUUACCUCAGAUUUGAUUAGUAGAAAAUUUUUCAUGAUUAUUUGCAUUUUUAUGAAUUUGUAGAGGUGAAUACUAGUGCUUCUAAAAUCAUUUUAUUUGUCUAUGAUUCAGCUGAACAUGUGUGUAUAAUUUCAAGAAAG